AGGUGUUUUGGUCCCAAAAUGACAGCGAGGAAGUCUGGCUCACGUCUGGAGACGGAGAUAGAGCGGUGCCGUUCAGAGUGCCUGUGGGAUAAGAUACCGGAGCUAGUGCGGCAGCUUUCGGCUAAACUAAUAUCCAAUGAUGACCUCGGGGAGCUGUUGUUGGGGGAAUGCAAGCUUCAGACGUACCUUAAGGAGAAUCCAAUCAAGCCGGGAGCCAGUCCAAGGGGCCAGCGACCUAAACUGGUGGAGGUCAGGAAACACCUGACUGCUGCUCUGGACAGAGGAAACCUCAAGGCUGACUACAUCCAGGAAGCGAGCCUGCUCAUGGCCAAACUCAGCUAUGUGGAGGGAGAAUACAGAGACGCUUUAGGUCACUACAGUCGGGUGAACAUGGACGACAUGCAGCUGGGGGGAGCUCCUGUGUACAGGCUGUCUAUGAUAGCAGAGGCUUACGCUACUAAAGGUCUGUGUCUAGAGAAAGUCCCAGCUGCCUCUCCAUCUUUGUCCAAUAAGAACACUGGCUCUCCUUCGUCCAAUAGGAGCACAACGGAUCGAGACCAGGAAAUCAUCACCUGCUAUGAGAAAUCUGGAGACAUCGCUCUUCUCUACCUACAGGAGGCUGAGAAGGCAUUGUCAGCUGGAAUUCAGAACCGCAGCCCAAAGCCCGGCCCAGCGGCCCAGGACCAGGAACUGGGCUAUUUCCUGGAGAUGGGCCUACAGAGAGCCCACGUCAUUCACUUCAAGAAUGGCAACCUGACACAUGGCGUGGGGCGAUUUCGAGAGAUUCUUCGGGCUAUUGAGACGAGAACCACCCAGAACCUGCGCAUGACCAUUGCCAGACAGCUUGCAGAGAUCUUGCUCAGAGGAAUGUGCGAACAGAGUUACUGGUCUCCUCUGGAAGACCCGCCCACCGUGUCACCAUUGGAUGAUCACACACGGCAAGGACACACUCACAGCAAGAACUACAGCCUAAGUCGACGCCCACGGAUGUACUCGGGAGAGAAUCUGUUUUGUCCUCAGGAGAACACAGAAGAAGCUUUGCUGCUGCUCCUCAUCAGUGAGUCCAUGGCUAACCGUGAUGCUGUCCUGAGCAGGAUCCCUGAACACAAUAACGAUCGUAUCAUCAGCCUGCAGUCUGCCUCUGUGGUGUACGACCUGCUGACUAUAGCUCUGGGCAGGAGAGGGCAGUAUGAGAUGCUGUCAGAGUGUUUGGAGAGGGCUAUGAAGUUUGCCUUUGAGGAGUUCCAUCUUUGGUACCAGCUCGCCCUGUCGCUAAUGGCAGCAGGGAAAUCAGCCCGAGCCGUUAAAGUUCUUAAGGAGUGCAUUCGUCUAAAGCCUGAUGACCCCACCAUCCCACUGCUGGCUGUUAAACUGUGUAUCGGACCCCUGCACUGGUUGGAUGAGGGGGAGUGCUUCGCAAAGGUGGUGGUUGACAUGGGGGAGAAAGCUGCUGAGUUCAGAGCCAAAGGCUUCUUGGCUAUUGGACUAGUUUACAGCCUCAAAGCCACUGAUGCAUCAUUGCGAAGCACACAGGAGGAGUACCAGAGGAAAGCUUUGGGAGCCUUCCAGAGAGCUCAGAGUCUGUCUCCUACUGACCAUCUAGCAGCCUUUUACUUGGCAUUGCAGCUGGCUGUGUCCAGACAGAUUCCCGAGGCACUAGGCUAUGUCCGACAGGCGUUGCAGCUUCAAGGGGAUGAUGUUCACUCCCUUCAUCUGCUGGCCCUGCUGCUCUCGGCACAGAAACACUACCACGACGGUCUCAAUAUUAUAGAGAUGGCCUUGUCUGAGUACCCCGAGAACUUCAAUCUGCUGUAUACAAAGGUGAAGUUGGAGACAAUGUGCCGAGGCCCAGAGGAAGCUCUGCUUACCUGUAAACACAUGCUGCAGAUAUGGAAGAGCUUUUACAACCUCACCAACCCCAGCGAUUCGGGGCGUGGCAGCAGUUUGUUGGAUAGAGCCAUAGCAGACAGAAGACAGCUCAAUGCCAUGACUCUGCCUGACUUCAGUGACCCUGAUACUGUCUCAGGUUCUUCCUCUUCUUACUCUGGUUCUGAACCCAUCUCUCCGUCCACCAUAUCCACCUUCUCCUCCCUGUUCUACCCUUCCUCCCCACCACCCCCCUACUCCCCUCCCUCCCCUGUCUUCACCUUUCAUCCUCCUCCUCUCCCUCCUCCCAAAAACCCUUCCUCCCACCCUCCUUCCCCUCCUACCCUUUCUCCUCCUCCUUCUCCUGCUGCACCCACCAAGACCAGGACUCACUCCUUUUGCAGCCACGUCACUCGGCGCCAGCUCUCCUCCAAUUGCGGCCUUCAGGACGCCACUGUUGGUUUUUCCUCCAUGUUUUCUGUUUGUUCAGUGCACGCUACAUCUAUAGCAGCCAGUCGUGUGGAGCAGGCUCUGUCUGAGAUAGCCUCCUCCCUGCAGAGCAGCGCCCCCAAACAUGGACCCCUGCAUCCCUGGAUGACCCUGGCUCAGAUCUGGCUGCACGCAGCUGAGGUGUACAUUGGCAUGUCCAAGCCCGCCGAGGCCUCUGCCUGCACGCAGGAGGCCUCCAACCUCUUCCCCACAUCCCACAAUGUGCUGUACAUGAAGGGCCAGAUAGCAGAGCUGAGGGGCAACAUAGACGAGGCCAAGCGCUGGUAUGAGGAAGCCCUGUCCAUCAACCCGACGCACGUCAAGACCAUGCAGAGACUGGGUCUGAUUCUCCACCAGCUGCAGCGCUACAGUCUGUCUGAAAAAGUCCUGAGGGAUGCUGUUCAGGUCAACAGUACGGCUCAUGAUGUGUGGAACAGCCUGGGAGAGGUGUUGCAGGCUCAGGGCAACGCUGCCGCUGCCACAGAGUGUUUCCUCACUGCCUUGGAGCUGGAGGCCAGCAGCCCCAUUCUGCCGUUCACCAUCAUACCCAGAGCACUAUGAGACACACACUCACUCAUUCACACACACACACACACACACACAAAUAUAGCCUAAGUACUGUAGCACAGUGGCACGAAUGAUGGACCUGCAAGCUGCACACACCCCAUACACACACACACAGCAUGUCUGCAUGCCACUUGCACAACGUUGAACUGCCAUACCCUCAGACACACACUCACACACACUAUAUACAAAUACAUAUGAUACAAAUAAACAUACAUUCAUGCUUCACCAUGACCACCCGCCCAACCUUCCCACAAUUCUUUGCUGUGCCCCCAACCUCAUAAUGAUGCUGCAGCUGAAGUUGAAAUGAUGCACCCUCAGCAUGUCUGUUGCCAUUAUGCUGUGUGAGUGUGUGUAUGUGCUCGCGUGUGUUGAGCUGCACUUUUCGUGUGCCUGUUUUGUGUCCGUGCAUGUACACCCAUAGCUGUGUAUGUGUGCCAACAUGUGGCCUGUGCAUACUUGUGUCUACUCGUAUGUGAUUUGUAGAAAGAUGUGUGUGUUUUGUCCCAUUUUAAUGAUGUAAAUAAGAUCCAAUUUAAGUUACUGCUCUGGUAAUGGUUUACAUUUUGUUUACAUGUUACAUUGUUUAGUCCAAAAACUCACUCAAACACACACACACACUCACGCAUGCACGCACAGUUUAUUUUCACUGAGGGUAAAUCUAGCAAGAUAAUGAUUGUGGGCAGGUAAAUGGUUUUCUUUAGAAGCCAAACAGUACUGAUGAUCUUCAUUCAGUCAAACAAAAACCUCACACACACACACACACACACACACACACACACACACACACGUUCACUUGUUGCUGUUUAUAUAGAGAGGAUCACGGUUACUGUACGGCUGCCUCAGGACGGCCAGUUCCUAGGAAUCUACUGGAGCACUGACAGACAUGAUCAACAGAUUACUGAAAAAUAAAUAAAUUUGUAAAGUCUAAAUGCCAAAACGUGGGCUGCAUUUACACACACACACACACACACACACACACACACAUAGGAGACAGCUUUUUCUGGAGUUUUAAAUUAAAGCACAUUUUAUCUUCCAUGUAAAGCCUUGACAAGCUCUUUUGUGUUUUAUAUUUCCAUGACAUUCUAGACUUAUACAAAGUCUUUCAAUGUAUAUAUUAUUCAAUUUCCCCUUAGGAAUCAUUUAAAGUUAAAGGAAUAACUUUAUUUUCUUAUUUGCCAAGAGUUAGAGAGGAAGAUAUUACUACAAGCUACAGCCAGCAGCUAGUUAGCUUAGCUUAGCACAAAGGCGGGAGUAAGGGGGAAACUAGCCCAAUUCUGUACAAAGGUAAAAAAAAGAUACACUUUGUAGCUAAGUAAUGUUAAUUUAUACUAAAAACCUAAAAGAAAUAAAUACAACAGACUGGUCAAACAAACACAAUAAAAUGUGUUAAGUAGUGACUUUACAGCUGCUAGUAGGCAACAGCUUUUGUUAUCUUCAGAUCCAUGCUAGUUGUGUCCCCCUAGCCUUUAUGCUAGGCUAAGCUAACUAGCUGCUGGCUGUAGCUUCAUAUUUUGCAUCCAGGCGAUUUUCUGUUCUCUUGCCAAGAAAGCGAAUAAGCAUAUUUCAUUAAAUGUUAUAACGUUAAAACAAAUCCCAUUUGCAUAUUAAUAAACGCACAUUUUAAAUUCCCUCUCUGAAGCAUGAGCAGCAGUAGCCAAACAAACAAGUGCCACUGACAAAAACUUGGAACAGAAACACAAUAAUUUUGAGUUUCAUGUAAAAUGAUGGAACUCCUCUGUAUUAUUCAUACUAAAAACUGUAAUUAUGGACAAGAGUAAAACCAGACUUCCUAUUGUGUGUAAAUGCAACCACAGUGAUUGAGUUGUCUUUAUGUCCUGUCACAGUCAUGUUAAAUACUAGAUGAAUAUAGUUAUUUUCUUUUUUGAGUAUAUAAAUACAAAAUGAUUUAUUGUUGUAUAUUUGAUUGUUCCAUGUGUAUUAUUAUUAUUAUUAUUUUAGAAAGUAAAUUAUAAUUCUAUUUUCUGGAAAGCGAUGUCACAGAGACACUGUAGGAGGAAUGAGAGGUGGAUGUGAGCUCAACUGGUGAGUCCUUUGUGCUGUAAAUGAAUGCCUGAAAUUAGGAAGAUGAUGAUGAUGAUGAUGAUGAGGAUAA